AUGGACCUUGUCGCCGUGAGAUGUGCCAAAUGCGACUCAACGCUGGGCACCCUCGUCAAUCUCUGGACGCAGAUUGGCAAAAAGUACAUCACCCCUGUGGCGUACGUGGAGGACAAGGCCGAGGCGGACAAGAUUGCUGCCACGGGUGCUGUUCGAACUGGCGAUGUGGGCACUCUUGUUGAGGGCUGUGGCCAAAUCAUCUUCCGCAUCGCUUCCAUCGUCCUCAAGCCAGCCAAGGACCUCCGUCGCAAAGCCGAGCCCAAGAUCCAGCGCAUCCUCCAGCUCAGGGGCCAACCGGCAACAACUCAACCCACGCCCUCCUCACCCCUCAACGGCAAGGCUAAUCCCCACCCUCAAAAUGGCGAGCCACCUCCAAGUCGAGCCAGCUUCGACAUCAUCCAGAUCCAAGCAGACCUCGAAGCCCAGCAAGAUGAAAUCCAGCGCAUCGGCGCCGCCGGCUUCCAAGUAAUGUCCGCCUUCGACAGCACAGUAGCCCGCUUCGAAAAGCAGAUGCGCCAACUCAGCGAAUCCGUCGCAAACGUCCGCCGCGAAGGCGAAGGGCAGCAAGCAGACAUCAAGUCCCUCAAGACGCAAAUGAGCGAUGCGAAAUGGAGCAGCGACGGCGACGCCGUGGUGGCUCGUCUGGAUCAGCAGCUCCAGACGACGGACAGGGUCGUCACGGAGCUCCGGCAAAUCAUCAAAAAGUCGCAAACAGAAACAAACCAUCUCCGAAAUGAAUUAUCGGCCGCGCAAAAGGAGAUUGCAGAGGUGAAGAGGGCGAAUGCCCGUCUGAAAAAGGACGCGGAUGAAGCGAAGCAGGUCGCACAGGAGGGCGUUGCCACGUCCAAGAUGUAUGCUUCAGAGGUGGCUUCGUUGAGGCGAGAGAUGGCACAGCUGCGGUCUGAACUUGUUGCGCAGCAGCAGGACAUGCGCCAUUCUUCGGUGGAUGAAGAUCCGUCUAUUUCGUCUCAUCAGCUGGAUAUCCUCGCCAGCAACAUCUCCAAGAUUGGCAACAGGGCCAGCCAGGUAGAGUCGCUGCAGAUGGAGUUUGACCUCUUCCGGACCCGGAUACAGCGGCUGGAAGCUCGGGUGGCUGGCGGCACGCCGAAUCCCAAUCGAAAGGAUAUCCGAGCCUCUUAUGCAGAGUACGACAACGGUUCGGCGGCUGAAGGCAGUCAGUCCCACUACGGAUCGACCACGCGCAACAAGAAAAGGCCACCGUUGACGAGAGAGGACAGCCAUAUCGUGAACUCGACUCCUCCCAAACGGGUGGCCAUCUCGUCAGGUUAUCCCACCCUUGGCGCCGCUGCCUACGACGAACAGCAACAAUCGUCACCUGGGACAAUGGCCCUGGUCGAGACUCCAGUUCAACGGCGGACGGCGGCAGCAUCGUCAAACAAGAGCACUGCAAGGCGUGGCAGAUGGGCAAAAGCUUGA